AUGGCGGCCCAGGUGCUGGCGCUGCUGAGGGAUGUGUCGCGGCUGGAAGCGCCGCUGGAGGAGCUACGCGCGCUUCAGUCGGUGUUGCAGGCGGUGCCGCUCAGCGAGCUCCGCGAGCACGCGGCGGAACUGCGCCUUAGCCCACUUUUCUCCCUGCUCAACGAAAACCACCGGGAACAGAUUACUUUGUGUGUAUCCAUUCUGGAGAGAUUGCUCCAAGCUCUGGAGCCAGUUCACGUGGCCCGGGACCUAAGGGUUAACCUGCAGAGGGGACUGACUCACCCCAAUGAUUCCGUAAAAAUCCUCACUCUAUCUCAGGUUGGAAGAAUUGUUGAAAAUUCUGAUGCUGUUACUGAGAUUCUAAAUAAUCCUGAAUUACUAAAACAAAUAAUUUAUUGUAUUGGUGGAGAGAAUCUAUCUGUAGCUAAAGCGGCCAUUAAAUCCCUGUCAAGAAUAUCACUGACCCAAGCUGGACUAGAGGCUUUAUUUGAAAGCAAUUUGCUGGAUAAUUUGAAAACUGUAAUGAAAACUAAUGAUAUUGUUCGAUACAGGGUCUAUGAGCUGAUUGUGGAGAUCUCUUCUGUGUCACCAGACUCUCUAAACUACUGUACCACCAGUGGGUUGGUAACCCAACUCCUCAAAGAGCUGACUGGGGAGGAUGUGCUGGUCAGAGCCACCUGUAUAGAAAUGGUGACAUCGCUGGCACAUACUCAUCAUGGACGACAGUACCUUGCUCAAGAAGGAGUAAUUGAUCAGAUAUCUAAUAUAAUUGUUGGGGCAGAUUCAGACCCUUUCUCUAGCUUCUAUUUGCCAGGAUUUGUGAAGUUUUUUGGAAACCUGGCUAUCAUGGAUAGUCCUCAACAGAUCUGUGAACGUUUUCCUGUUUUUGUGGAAAAAGUCUUUGAAAUGACAGAAAGUCAGGACCCCACCAUGAUUGGUGUAGCAGUGGACACGAUUGGAAUCCUGGGAUCCAAUGUUGAAGGAAAACAGGUUUUACAAAAGACAGGAACUCGAUUUGAACACUUACUCAUGAGAAUAGGAUAUCAAGCAAAAAAUGCCUCAACGGAGCUCAAAAUUAGGUGUUUGGAUGCAGUUUCAUCUCUUCUUUAUUUACCACCUGAGCAACAAACUGAUGACCUCCUGAGGAUGACAGAAUCCUGGUUUUCUUCUUUAUCCCGAGACCCAUUGGAGCUCUUCCGUGGCAUCAGUAAUCAACCCUUUCCUGAACUACACUGUGCUGCCUUAAAAGUGUUCACGGCCAUUGCAAACCAACCCUGGGCUCAGAAGCUUAUGUUUAACAGUCCAGGUUUUAUAGAGUAUGUGAUGGACCGGUCCGUGGAGCAUGACAAAGUUUCAAAGGAUGCCAAAUAUGAACUGGUGAAAGCACUUGCCAAUUCCAAGACAGUUGCAGAAAUCUUUGGGAACCCAAAUUAUUUGAGGCUCAGAACUUACCUGAGUGAAGGUCCAUACUAUGUGAAACCUGUUUCUACAACAGCAGUGGAAGGAGCUGAGUGAUUUCUUCUAGAGUCUAAAUCACUUUUGGACCAAGACUUCUCCUAAGGCAUAACAGACUUCUCUUCCCCCAGAAUUGUCCUAGCGUCGGACCUAAUUUCAUCACCAACAUUUGUUGUGUUUCUAUAUUGAAAUACAAUGUGAAAGCAAGAGAGCAGGAAACUUGGUCAUAAUUGAAACAGAUGUUUUUCACAUUCAUUUGACUGCCUUACUGUUUAUAAGAAGAUGGAAGGUUCAUUCUCCCAGAAAAUGUUUGUGAUUCACUGUCUUAUUUUAAAAUCUGCUUCAGCUGUGGCCGGGUUGCUCAGUUGGUUGAAGCGUCAUCCCAUACACCAGGUGAUUGU